CAGGGCGGGUUUGACAGGCCGCUUUACCGCCAUUCUAAACGAAGACGGAGCGCCACCAAAACACUCACACACACUCCCUCUCUCUCUCUCUCACACACACACACACACACACACACACACACUCCCUCAGCAGUGUCGACGCUCUGAACUCGGUCUUUCGGUGGAGAGCAAAACUCAAGCGCGCGCCUCGGUGUGUGUGUGUGAGUGUUUAUGUUUGUUCGUAUGUGCAGGCGGAUAUACCGGAGCGUUACAGCGCGCGCGCUCACCGACUCUCCGCUUCUCAUAACCAACAUCACGAUUCUCCAGGAGGUCCAGUGAGGUCUCUCAUCCCGGGGCGUGAUGUCAGAUCCUGUGGAGCACGAUGGGAAGGAGCUGAGUCCAGUGGACUUCAUCCAGCUGCAGCAGUACAUGGACUACUGCGGUUUGAAGGUGAAAGAUGUGCUGAGGGAAUUCGACACAGAUGGCCAGUUGGCUCAGUACAGGCAUGGAGAGUGCAUCGACGAGGAAGGCUUCCGUCUCUUCCUGAACACGUAUCUGGAGGUGGACGAGUUCCCUCAGGAUCUGUGCGAGCGCCUCUUCAAAACCUUCAAGACCUCCGACGAGGCCAGGGAGGUGUUCCUUAAAGACGUGUCCUGUUAUUUCUCCCUGCUGGAGGACGGGCAGCCUCGAGACAAACUAGAGUUCGCUUUCAGACUUUAUGACCGAGAUGGUAACGGAGUCCUGGACAGUUCAGAAGUGGACCGGAUUAUCGCUCAAAUGAUGCACGCAGCUGCCUAUCUGAGCUGGGACGUGUCAGAGCUCAGACCUGUGUUGAAGGACAUGAUGACAGCGAUUGAUUCAGACAGCAGUGGAACCGUGUCGCUUGAAGAGUGGGUGGAAGGAGGGAUGAACAAUGUGCCUCUACUGGUCUUACUGGGUUUGAAGGUGACUCAGACGGACGGGCAGCACCUGUGGAGGAUGAAGCAUUUUAACAGGCCGGUUUACUGUAACGUGUGUCAGAGCAUGCUGCUGGGGCUGCGCAAACAGGGCCUCUGCUGCACAUGCUGCAGGUUUACCGUCCACGGGCGCUGCGCCAACAGGAAUCCACCUCCGUGCACUCGCACCUACGUCAAAUCCAAGAAGGACACUGGGGUUUCAGUCCACGACUGGGUGAAUGGGAACUGUGAGUCUGGGAAGUGUGAAAAGUGUCAGAAGAAGAUUAAGGGUGUGCACGGAAAAAGCUGUGUAUGGUGCCAUGCUACGCGCCAUAACGAGUGUGCGAACCAGGAGCCUUCAGAGUGUGGCCUUGGCCCACUGAAAGACCACAUUUUACCACCGUGGGCCAUUUACCCAGUCAUUAAGGAGAGGCAAAACUGUGUGAAGAACGGCGCGUCGGACGACUCGGAGUACAACACUACACCUGAUGGACAGGUACUGCAGGUCAUUCCAAUUCCUAACACUCAUCCUCUUCUGGUGUUUGUGAACCCUAAAAGUGGAGGCAAACAGGGUGAGAGAGUUCUGCGCAAAUUCCAGUACUUGUUAAACCCUCGACAGGUUUAUAACCUCUCCAAUGGUGGACCAGGACCAGGGUUGAGCUUCUUCAAGGAUCUUCAGGACUACAGAAUAUUAGUAUGUGGAGGUGACGGGACUGUGGGCUGGAUCCUCGACGCCAUAGAUAAGGCCAACCUGACAGUGCGCCCCCCAGUGGCCGUGCUUCCUCUCGGCACAGGAAAUGACCUCGCGCGGUGUCUGCGAUGGGGAGGAGGUUAUGAUGGCGUGGACCUGAGCCGUAUCCUGAAGGAUCUGGAGACCAGCACGCCGGUACUGAUGGACCGCUGGAGCGUGGAGGUGGUGACGGAGGACAGUCAGGAGCAAGGAGACCCUGUGCCUUAUGAGAUCAUCAACAACUACUUCUCCAUCGGAGUGGACGCGUCAAUCGCUCACCGGUUCCAUACCAUGCGUGAAAAACAUCCGCGGAAAUUCAACAGCAGAAUGAAGAACAAGCUCUGGUAUUUUGAGUUUGCCACAUCGGAGACGAUCUCAGCUUCCUGUAAAAAACUCAAGGAGUGCCUCACCAUAGAGUGUUGCGGCAUUCAGCUGGACCUCAGUAACGUCUCCCUGGAAGGCAUCGCUGUCCUCAACAUUCCCAGCAUGCACGGCGGAUCUAACCUGUGGGGCGAAGCCAAAAAGAGCGACCGAGCGAACCAGGAAUUGCCCGAGGUUAUCGUGGAUCCUGAAGUCCUAAAAGUCAGCCCUCAAGACAUGAGCGAUGAGCGUCUGGAGGUGGUGGGACUGGAGGGAGCGAUGGAAAUGGGACAAAUCUACACGGGCCUCAAGAGUGCUGUCCGGCUCGCCAAGACCUCCCAGAUCACCAUCAGGACAACCAAGGCCCUGCCCAUGCAGAUCGAUGGAGAGCCGUGGAUGCAGCCGCCGUGUACUAUUACUAUCACACACAAGAACCAAGCCUGCAUGCUGAUGGGUCCUCCAGCCAAAUCCUCUGGCUUCUUCAACCUAAAGUAGUGUGUGCGCCUGCGCCUACGCCUGCAUCAGCAACCUGAUGUGUUUGUGUGGUCCAUAUAUAGGAAUUUACACACACACACACACACACACAUUUUAUAUAUAUAUAUAUAUAUAUAUAUAUAUAUAUAUAUAUAUAUAUAUAUAUAUAUAUAUAUAUAUAUAUAUAUACAUAUAUAUAUAUAUAUAUAUAUAUAUAUAUAUAUACAUAUAUAUACAUAUAUAUAUAUAUAUAUAUAUAUAUACACACACAUAUAUGGAUGCUGAAACCAAUGUGGCCAAACUGCCUGUGUGGGUGUGUGCGUGCGUGUAAAAUGAUUAUAUACCCAGAAAAUGAUGCUUCAUUUCAUAUUUUUACCUCGGCGGUGCAUAAAGAAUGCAGUGUUAGUUUUUUCUUGAUCCCCAUCGUGCCAUUGCUGUCCUUCACAGUAGAGAGAAGGUCCAGGUCACAGCAACAACACAUCACGGCAAGAACCACCGCUUUCGUUUUCAGUGACCUAAAUCUACAGCUUUAGAAAAUACUAAUCACCAUUAACAUCAAGGCAUAAACCGGCUGUAUUAGGUUAGGCGAUAGGGUUUAGACUGAAUAUCCGAGCGUGCGAAGCUUGCCAACACAGCCUGUAAUAAAUCUGUGGUGUAAUAUUAAGAUAACAUAUGAAUCAUUUUUACAUGAUUGACUUCAUAUUUCGCCUGGUUAUGCUGAUGUUAUCAAGAGAUGGUUGAUUUUAACUCUUUGGAAACUGACCAUCCUACCAUACUAUGUAGUACAUUAUAACAGCUUGAAGUUUAUUUUAAGUUUAUAACUUAACUGUGUUCAUACUUCUAAAUCGAUAUAUGUAUAUGUGUGUGUGUGUGUGCGUAUAUAUAUAUAUAUAUAUAUAUAUAUAUAUAUAUAUAUAUAUAUAUAUAUAUAUAUAUAUAUAUAUAGACACAUACACAGAUGCUUAUAAAACUAGAUUGUAAUAAGUCACGUGCCUCUUAAGAGCUGACAUCAUUGUCACUUUCUCUAGCUUAGUUCCUGAGAAUGUAGAUCUUUCAGAUUACUGCUUGUAAAAAUGACUGAAUAAAUGUCACAAAAUGUUUAAUUAAAGCCUCGGGGUUUUUUUCCCCCUUCUCA